GGUGUCGUCACGAUUACGCGUGUGCCCGCUGCUGCUGACACGACAGAAAACAUGGCGCUCGAGGAACCAAAUGGAGAUUUUCCAUAUUUACCUUCAGGGGCGGCGGAGGUAAACAAAAUGAUAAAGGAGAAUGGUGACCUGUUUUCUGAUGCCCUGUGCAAAGUCUGCAGUGCUGUCCUGAAUUCUGACUCCCAGAAACUUGCACAUUAUCAGAGCAAAAAGCAUGCCAACAAAGUGAGACGCUACAUGAGCAUCCACAAAGAAGAGGAGCCCACCAUCAAAAGGUUCAAGUCGCCUUCGGGAGACAGUGCCAGCAGUAAUGGCGAGACGGACCGCUCCAAAGCCUGUCAUAUAUGUAACAUGACAUUCUCCUCUCCGGUGGUGGCUGAGUCCCACUACCAGGGCAAGGUGCACACCAAGAACCUGAGACUGAAGACCUUUGGCAACCAGACCCCAGUAGCACUACCUCAGGCCGUGGCCCCAGUAGUGAAAAAGAAGAAGGAGGCUCAGUCAGAGGCUAGCAACGUGGCAUCGUCAGGCCCAGCCGAGGACGACCAGGGUAACUUCUGUUCCAUCUGCCAUGCCUCGUUCAACAACCCCCUCAUGGCCAAGCAGCACUACGAAGGCAAGAAGCAUAAAAAACAGCUGACCCAACAGAAGCUUAUGCAGACCUAUGGGCCAUCCACUGCACCAGCUUCCACAGUAAAGGGCUACCCAUGUACUGAAUGCAACAUCGAACUGAACUCUGUGGAACAGUAUCAGGCACACAUCAGCGGCUCCAAACAUAAGAACCAUGUCAGAGGGAAGAAAGCGAGCAGCCCGAUGUUCAUCAGCCCAUCGGAAAACAAGUACACAGCAGAAAACCAGCAGUCAGAGUACCAGUAUACGCCUGAAGCCGAACCAGUACAGGAGGACUGGGGUGCUUUCAGCCAAGAUUACGAGUGACGAGCCUCCCAGUACCCCCCAUCAACACCACAGUUCACUCAGUUAGGGCCAGAAGGAUCACCUGACCAGGAAAAACUCUAGGUCCUUGUUACAAUACAGGUUACAACUAGGAUCGAGUUUUUUUUCCUGUUCAUGUCAGGAAAAAUCCCUGGACAGAGGGCAGCCUAUAUGUGGUGUUCUUCUUUCUGUGGUGUUGUAUCUGCCUCAUGGAUGAAUCUCAACUCCAGCUCUAUAUCAUUCUGUCUACUCCAUGUCUAAAUCCCAGUACAUGUUCACUACCGAUCAAAAGUUUUAGAACACCUACUCAUUCAAGGGAUUUUCUUUAUUUGUACUAUUUCUACAUUGUAGAAUAAUAGUAAGACAUCAAAACUAUGAAAUAACACAUAUGGAAUCAUGUAGUAACCAAAAAAGUGUUAAACAAAUCAAAAUUUAUAUUUGUUGAGAUUCUUCAAAUAGCCACCCUUUGCCUUGAUGACAGCGUUGCACACUCUUGGAAUUCAAUCAACCACCUAGAAUGCUUUGACAACAGUCUUGAAGGAGUUCCCACAUAUGCUGAGCACUUGUUGGCUGCUUUUCCUUCACUCUGUGGUCCGACUAUUCUUCCCAAACCAUCUCAAUUUGGUUGAGGUCAGGGGAUUGUGGAGGCCAGGUCAUCUGAUGCAGCGCUCCAUCACUCUCCUUAUUGGUAAAAUAGCCCUUACACAGCAUGGAGGUGUGUUAGGUCAUUGUCCUGUUGAAAAACAAAUGAUAGUCCCACUAAGCCCAAACCAGAUGGGAUGGCGUAUCACUGCAGAAUGCUGUGGUAGUCAUGCUGGUUAAGUGUGCCUUGAAUUUUUAAUAAAUCAGACAGUGUCACCAGCAAAGCACCCCCCCCCCCCCACCACCACCACCACUACCACCAUCACACCUCCUCCAUGCUUUACAGUGGGAAAUACACAUGCACAGAUGUGUAUUCACCCAUACUGCGUCUUUGCGGUUGGAAUCUAAAAUUUGGAAUCCAGACCAAAGGACAGAUUUCUACCGGUCUAAUGCCCAUUGCUCGUGUUUCUUGGCCCAAGCAAGUCUCUUCUUAUUGGUGUCCUUUAGUCCUGGUUUCUUUGCAGCAAUUCAACCAUGAAGUCCUGAUUUCACGCAUCCUCCUCUGAACAGUUGUGUCUGUUACUUGAACUCUGUGAAGCAUUUAUUUGGACUGCAAUUUCUGAGGCUGGUAACUAAUUAACUUAUCUUCUGCAGCAGAGGUAACUCUGGGUCUUCCAUUCCUGUGGCAGUCCUAAUGAGAGCCAGUUUCAUCAUAGUGCUUGAUGGUUUUUGCAACUGCACUUUCAAAGUUCUUAAUGUUCUGUAUUGACUGACCUUCAUGUCUUAAAGUAAUGAUGGACUGUUGUUUUUCUUUGCUUAUUUGAGCUGUUCUUGCCAUAAUAUGGACUUGGUAUUUUACCAAAUAGGGCUGUCUUCUGUAUACCACCCCUACCUUGCCAUAACACAAUUGAUUGGCUCAAACGCAUAAAAAAUUCCACGAAUUAACUUGUAACAAGGCACACCUGUUAAUCGAAAUGCAUUCCAUGUGACUACCUCAUGAAGCUGGUUGAGAGAAGGCCAAGAGUGCAUAGCUGUCAUCAAGGCAAAGUGUGGCUGCUUUGCAGGAUCUCCCAUUUUGUUUUUGGUUAUUACAUGAUUCCAUAUGUGUUAUUUCAUAGUUUUGAUGUCUUCACUAUUUUUCUACAAUGUUGAAAAUAGUGAAAAACCCUUGAAUGAGUAGGUGUUCUUAAACUUUUGACCAGCAGUGUGUGUUGGUUGUGUUUCUAGUCGGUCAGACCAGAGAGGAAUAGAGGCUCCUGCACACGUUAUCUCUCAUUCUGUUCAGUUCAAAAUGAUGUCAUAAAUAUUUAAAAUUCCAGACAAUAGAGUACAAUGAUAUGACUGUGGACAGAAUUUCCCUGGAUGUUCGUUUCAUUUGUGCGAGGGACUUGCAGUUGCGUUCUAGUUCUAUGGGAAAUUGUUUUGUUUUUUUCCCACCUUUUUUUUCCCAUUUAGGUUCCUUAAUCCUUGUUCCCCCCCAACACUCGUUCUUUUGAUCCCUCUCGUUUUAAACGUUUCUCUUCGACCGGCUGAGGAGAAACUCCAACAUAUCCUGUACAGAAAGUUAUUUCUAGAAUUGUUACUCGUUCUAUUAGUUCUAUUUCUUUCAGUUUGCUGUUAGCAACAUGGAGAGUGACGUGGGAUGUGUUUAUACAGGAAGCACAAUUUGGAUAUUUUUCCACUAAUUAGUCCAUUGACCAAUCAGAAUGCUAUUUUGACAAUAAUUGGACAAAAUAUCAGAAUACUUCUGCUUGUGUAAACACGGCCUUGGACGUUUUUAUAUAUAUAUAUAUAUAUAUGUUACAUUUUCUGCACCCACCAACCUCUGAGAACCUAGAUUGAUGUCUAUUUUAAGUAAAAGACUGGCAGAUAAGCACAUCCUUUAACCGUUUUAUUAUAUGCACAUGGGCUUGUAUCAGUUUACAAACUGCGCUGUCAUACUAACAAUAUGCUGCAGCAGAGAAGUAAUGUCAUAUUCUAACUGUGCUCUUUAUUAGGAAUGCGCUGUCGGUACCAGGACUUAAAAAGCAAUGUAUUUGUGUUUUGGUCACACAGAAAAAAGUAUAUGAAACAACUUACUUACAAUGUGACAUAUACCUUUACUAGACAUCUGCUGUACUAUGUCAUAGUUGUAGAAUUCAUGCAAUAAGGUUUUAUUCUAUAGUUGUCCAUCUGUGCUGGUAGGGCCAGGAAAGAUUGUCAGAAUGUUGGCCAACAUUUUGUGAGUCUGAUGGAGUGGUAUUUGAAUGGAAUUUGUCUGAUGUGAUUGUAAUGAUCUGAGAUUGUUUCUUCGGUGGUGAAACUAAAAUAAGCUAUUUCAAAGGCUGUGUUUUGUCUAGUUAGUGCUGAUACUUUCUAUGUUUUUGCAUUUAUUGAAAAUACAAAAUAUCUACUUGGACAUGGUUCAUAGACUGCCUGUAUCAGAUAAGUGAGGGAUUGAAUGUGUGGUGCAUUAGUUACUGACCGAUGGUAAAGGAUCCUAGAUUUGUACUUUAUUUACUCUUUCAAAUGAAAGGGUGAUAUAUGGAUCUAUAAAGGCAUUAAUACAUGUUUUGAUAAGAGCCCAUCCCCAAGUAUUUAAUUUGUGACUAGUUGUUUUGGUUAUGUGCAAUUUUGGCAUGUCUUAAGAAUAGUUUUUUUUUAGCAUCAGACAUGACAAGUUGGAUAUUUUAGUAUUGAAUGUGUGGCCCAGCCUUUGGCUGAAGAAAUGUUGCAUUGAUUUUGGAUGUAAUUCAUUCGAGGGCUUCUAAAUAAAUACAUUAAAACAAA